GGAAAGGUAGCCGGUGCGGCCACAGCUGCCAUUUUAGGGAAGUCUCUCGCUGCGGCCUUCUCGCUUGAGGCGGCCUUCGUGGCGUCCGUCGACCGAAGACGACGGUAAAAAGGCAUCUGACCGGUGGCUCUUCUUCCUCGGGGCCCGACAGAACGGUCAGCGCACGCUCGAAGGCUGAGGCGAGCGAAGCCGGGAGCGUUUGGAGGCCGGAGCCAGCGUCGCCUGGAAGGAUGGGCCGGUCUCGGAGCCGGAGUUCGUCCCGCUCCAAACACACCAAGAGCAGCAAACACAACAAGAAGCGCAGCCGGUCGCGGUCGCGGUCCCGGGACAAGGAGCGAGUCCGGAAGCGUUCCAAGUCCCGGGAGAGUAAGCGGAACCGGCGGCGGGAGUCGCGGUCCCGCUCGCGCUCCACCAACACGGCCGUGUCUCGGCGCGAGCGGGACCGGGAGCGCGCCUCGUCCCCGCCCGACCGCAUCGACAUCUUCGGGCGCACGGUCAGCAAGCGGAGCAGCCUGGACGAGAAGCAGAAACGCGAGGAGGAGGAGAAGAAAGCCGAGUUCGAGCGACAGCGAAAAAUUCGGCAGCAGGAGAUAGAAGAAAAACUCAUCGAGGAAGAGACAGCACGAAGAGUGGAAGAAUUGGUGGCAAAGAGGGUAGAGGAAGAAUUGGAGAAAAGGAAGGAUGAAAUUGAGCGCGAAGUUCUCCGGAGGGUGGAGGAAGCCAAGCGCAUCAUGGAAAAGCAGUUGCUCGAAGAACUCGAGCGACAGAGACAAGCUGAGCUUGCAGCACAAAAAGCUAGAGAGGAGGAAGAACGUGCAAAACGUGAGGAGCUGGAGCGAAUACUGGAAGAGAAUAACCGCAAAAUCGCAGAAGCUCAAGCCAGACUGGCUGAAGAACAAUUGAGAAUUGUCGAAGAACAAAGAAAGAUUCAUGAGGAAAGGAUGAAACUAGAACAAGAGCGACAACGUCAACAAAAGGAAGAACAAAAAAUUAUCCUGGGCAAGGGGAAGUCCAGGCCAAAACUGUCCUUCUCAUUAAAAACCCAGGAUUAAAUUUCAAACUCUGAACUUUUUACAAAAAAAAAAAAAAAUGGAAAAACUUUGUAUGGUAGCUUCAUGUUGAAGUGGUUUUUUUUGUUUUGUUUUUUGUUAUUUUAAUUUGGAAAAUAUGGAAAAUUAGCUUGUUCUAAUAGGGGCUAUGCUCUGCAAUUCCUUUUCCCCCUUAAUUUCCAUUAAGUCAAAUCCUUAUCAGAUCGUCGUCAUCUUCUGAAGAGUGAGGUAUUUUCACCUGUUUGGAUUCUGUAUUAGUGGUCUGAAGAAGAGCAGAUCACUGUGUGUAAACUACAGAUGGUCUGAUAAGGUUUUUACUGGCUCACUGACUUCAGAGUUAUACUCUGUUUAUUACACCAUAAUGCUGGUUUUGCUGACUUUUUGUUUUUUUAUAUAUUUAUAAAAAAAGGAAAAGUUGGUAAUUGCAUUGGAAAAUUCCCAGGGUAUUACUGGACCUGUGUGGUGUAUUUUGAACCCAGUGUCCUUGUGACACGGUUGCUCCUGAUACAGGUAAGGAAACAGUUGGUCACCUCGAUGCAGGAUCUGUAUACACAGUUCAGCAUUGUCUCUGUUCAGUUUGCUUUUAUUUCAUUGACAAAAUCAAACCAGCAUUCCCCAUUGUGUAAAUAAAUGAUUUUGCUGAAUAAAGUCAAAGUCUUAAAUUCAUAUGUUUAAGCAAUUUUUUUUAAAGUUCUGUUAAGUCUUAAAAGAGGGUGGUUUCCUUUUUGAUGGUCAGCAAUUGAGAAGUCUUAGAACUCUGCUCUGUUUCCUCUCUUCUGGUUUAUACUUUUAACAUAGGGUUUAUAUGUACAUUAAAUAUACUUGUGAAUUAGAAUUUAAUGGCUAUUUUUACAAAUACUCCUUUAUGCUGAUAAAGCAAUUAUGACAGCAGUAUUACCUUUAAGACAGACUAACAGCACCCAGAGAAGAAGAGUUAAAUCCUCAAACCUGUGCCUCUGUGUUAGGAUUUAUAAGUAUUACACCAUAAAUGAUGCUUAGUAAAGAGUAGAAAAAAAUGCUUCUAAAAAUUUACAGACUCUUAGAUUAUUUUCAGGGUAGGCCGUCAGAAAGAGCUUUGUGCUUUUAAAGAAGGCUAACCUAGUCAAAUCGUCUUCAGUAUAGGGUACUUGCACGUUUAUUUUGGGGAUAGGCACAUUUAAACUUUUUACAAGGGUUUGCAUGUGGUAUUUUAUGGAUGAAUUUUUCUUUUUAUACACUAGAAUCUGCUUCAUUUAUCCUCUCGUGUGUUUAAAUCUGCUGGUAUCAAAACAUUAUUUAAGGAAAGGAUGUGGAUAUAGAAGUGCUACCAGAGAUGAUAAACAUGUCCUCAGAGUGGAGAAAAUGUUUCCCGGUAUUUUUGAGACAUCAGUUUGGCUGAUCAGUCUUUAAAAUUGAGAACAAGUUAAUGAGAUGACUAACUGGUAGAUGAUUUUGUGUGUGCAUGCUAGGAAAAAAUGCUGUCGCUUUAGUUUGAGCUCUUCAGUGAGUCCUGUAGUAAGGAACAAAAUGAUCAGUUUAAGUAUCUUUAAAGAUAGAAUUUUAAAUAAGCAUGAACUGUAGUGACAACUGGCUUUUAGUAAACAUGAUGUCUAUUACUCUAAAAUCAAACCUUCACUUUAUUUUCCUAAAGAGUAUAAGUGGUCUAUAAAUCUUUUUUAUCUCUAAAUAUAAGUUAGCUCUAAUUAUUUCAUGAUUCUUAACUUUUUUUUUUUAAUGUAACUUUUUUGGUGCAGAUUCAUUAUUCUGAAGUUCUGUAUUCAAAUUUUGAAAAAUGUUUAUUUAAAAAUUGUUUUGCUAUACGUAUUUUCUAAACAUUGUAUCUAAAAAAAGUAGCCUGGACUUAAAAUGUCUGAAAUCAGCUUGUGUAUGCCUUUUAAUUUUUUUAAUUUUCGUACUUCCACAUACGGUGUCAAACCACAGAAGUUGCAUAGUGACAUUGCAGCAUCUACUUGAAGAUUGACUGCAGAUACUGAAAUUGUUCCUGUGCUUGGGAACUGACUGCUCUUCUCCGCCAGGCUGCAGGAAGAGGGUGUAAUUGUUCAUGUACACCCCAGUCUUUUUUUUCUGUGCUGCAACAAUGUGUAGUAAUUGGUUUUCUUUCCUUUGUUUCCACUGCCUUUGUGUACAUACUAUAAAAGUUCAAAUUCUAUCCCAGUUUGUUAGCAGUUGAGAUGUUCCCUAAUUUAUUAAAUAUGCCUUUAUUCAUAAUUUGUUUUUUUAGAUUACUCUUAAUGCAUUAUAGAAGUAAUUCUAAUGACUGUUUAUUUUUACUACAGUACUUAAAAUAUGUAGUCAUUGCCAUUUAUAUUGUGGAGUUUGCAGAAUUACCAGUUGUAUAAACUAAACCUUUAAAUUA